AUGAGAAAAUUGGUAUGGCCUAGGAUUAGCGGAUUCGCCUCUCGGAGGCAACUUCAUGGUUCUUGUGCAGUUAAUUUCCGUAUGACGGCUUUCAGGAGUGUAAAGCAACCUCAGGGACAGGGAGGGGGAGAAGGAGGGAAGGGAAGACAAGAGGAGGAUGAUGAUGGUAGCAAGAAGAAGAGGAGUGGGGAAGGUGGACGCAAGGAGUAUAAAAAUGUAGGAGAUUAUCUUAAAUCUAAGGAUUUUUCGCGAAGUGUGUUUUGGACGACAGGGUUAACGUUUUUCUUUUAUUUGGCGACGCUGCCCUUCGGCCACGAUGGCAGUGAGCAGCGGGAGGAGCAGAUAUUGACGUUUCAAGACUUCAAGACGCGGUAUCUGGAGAAGGGACUGGUGAGCAGGCUGUUUGUUGUGAAUAAGUACCUGGUGGAAGCGGAAUUACGGGCGGAGGCGUCGGAGGUACAAAGGUCUACAGGAACUGGGGGGGGGUUAUUUAAUGUGGGGACUUACGGUGGGCCUGCUGUUGCUUUUACGAUAGGUUCGGUGGAUGUGUUUGAGGAGCAGUUAGAAGAGACACAGGAGAAGCUUGGAAUACCGCAUAAUGAUAGGAUUCCUGUGACGUAUGUUGAGCGUGCACCGGUGUUGCAAUAUUUGUUUCCGUUCUUGCCGACGCUUCUGUUGCUGGGUGGGGUGCUUUACAUGUCUUCGCGUGUGCGAUCGGGAGGGCCUGGAGGCAUGGGGGGCGGGCCCGGUGGCAUGUUUGGUGUUGGCAAGUCGCGCGCCAAGCUGUUCAACAAGGAAACGGGCAUUAAGGUGAACUUUAAAGACGUGGCUGGGUGCGAUGAGGCCAAGAUGGAGAUAAUGGAGUUUGUACACUUUUUGAAAAACCCAGAUAAGUACAAGGCCCUCGGCGCGCAGAUUCCUAGAGGCGCGAUCCUAUCAGGUGCACCGGGUACAGGUAAGACUCUUUUGGCGAGGGCAACAGCUGGCGAAGCAGGUGUUCCCUUCCUGAGCGUUUCGGGCUCUGAGUUUGUUGAGAUGUUUGUGGGUGUUGGUGCCUCCCGUGUACGUGAUCUGUUUGAGAAUGCAAGAAAAAUGGCUCCAGCCAUCAUUUUUGUCGAUGAAAUUGAUGCUAUCGGUAAAGAGCGAGGCAAGGGUGGUGCAAUGGGCGGUUCAAAUGACGAACGUGAGGCUACACUUAACCAGUUGCUGGUUGAAAUGGAUGGUUUUACUGCUCGCGACCAAAUCGUCGUUCUUGCUGGUACGAACCGGCCAGACGUCUUGGAUCCCGCUUUGCUCAGGCCUGGAAGAUUUGAUAGACACAUUCAAAUUGAUGCGCCUGAUGUCGAAGGCAGAAAGGCCAUAUAUAGAGUACACCUCCCAAGGUUGAAUCUGCAGCCAGCUCUCAAAACUUCCACUCUAGAUUUAGAUUCAUUCGCUGGUAGACUAGCUGCUCUCACACCGGGGUUUUCUGGUGCGGAUAUUGCAAAUGCUUGUAACGAAGCUGCAUUAAUCGCGGCACGGCAUCAAGACGAAUAUGUCGAGUUGAAACAUUUUGAGCAGGCAAUUGAAAGGGUUAUUGCUGGGUUGGAAAAAAAAUCCCGUGUUAUGUCCUCAGAGGAAAAGAAAACAGUAGCAUACCACGAGGCAGGCCAUGCAGUUUGUGGUUGGUUUCUUCAGUAUGCUGACCCAUUGUUAAAGGUCUCUAUUAUUCCUCGUGGUCAGGGUGCUCUAGGCUAUGCCCAGUACUUACCACCAGAUCAAUACCUCAUCAGCGAGGAACAAUUCCGCCAUAGAAUGAUCAUGGCCUUUGGCGGCAGAGUCUCAGAAGAACUUCAUUUCCCGUAUGUUACCAGUGGUGCUCAUGAUGACUUCAAAAAAAUUACCACUAUGGCGCAAGCUAUGGUCACCUCUUUGGGUAUGUCCCGUAAAGUUGGCUAUCUGUCUUAUGAACAAUCAGAUAUCGGUUUCCAGGUUAAUAAACCUUUCAGUGAAAGCACUGCAAGAAAAAUCGAUUUGGAAGUAAAGAGAAUAGUAGAUGAAGCACAUGAAAGUUGCAAAAAACUGCUGAUUGAAAACUUGGACAACGUUGACAAAGUUGCCAAACUUUUACUAGCAAAGGAAGUCAUCACAAGGGAUGAUAUGAUUGAAUUACUAGGCCCCAGGCCUUUCCCUGAAAAAAACGAUGCUUUUGAAAAAUAUCUGAACCCAAAAAAGAACAGUAUUGAUGAGCAACCUGCAACAUAA